GAGAUUGGUGAAGUCCUACCAACCUAAGAAGAAAGAAUGUGAAGAAUUAAAGUUCAGCACCGUGAGGUCGUUCCGGGACACUGUCAAUGAGACAGCUGAUAUGGCCGGUCAACACGAGGUCAUCUCAGAAACUUUGACCGCCGUUGUCUUGAACGAAAUAGGCUCCUUAGUCAAAGAAUUAAAAGAGGACAGGAAAAAGAGUUUAUCAGAAGGGGGCAGAGUGCAACAGAAUUUAGCACAUUCUUUGCAACAACUAGAAAAGGCUAAGAAAAACUACGAAAAGGCUUUUAGAGAAGCGGAGAAGGCUCAUGAAAACUUCACCAAAGCAGAUGCAGACCUUCACUUAUCUCGUGCCGAAGUUGAGAAGCAGCGCAUGAAUGCCAGUAUCAAAAGUCAGCAGUGUGAAGACAGCAAGAAUGAGUAUGCUAACCAGUUGCAGAAAACAAAUAGGUUACAGGGUGAACAUUACAACACCAUAAUGCCAGGUAUCUUCCAAAGUUUACAGGAUUUAGAUGAAAAAAGAAUAAAUAAUUUUAAAAAUUUGCUCAAAAAAAGUGUUGAAAUUGAGAGGUCAGUCUUCCCCAUCAUCAACAAAUGUCUGGAUGGUAUUGUUAAUGCUGCUGAUUCAAUAGAUGAAAAGCAGGAUUCCCAAGUUGUGAUAGAACGAUACAAGUCAGGAUUUACGCCACCAGGUGACAUACCAUUCGAUGACCUUAGCACGCCGCGGCAGAAUGGUGAUAUGACCCCUACAGUAAACACUCCAAGUAGACAGGACACUGUGAAAAAUACAUUAUCAAUAGCAAAAGCCAAAAAACGCGGAGGAUUAUUUGGUAUAUUUGCCUCAAAUAAGAAUAAUUUCUCUUUCUCUGAAAAGGAGGAUUUCAAUGACUUACCCCCUAAUCAAAGAAAGAAGCGUAUCCAACAACGCAUUGAUGACGUCACAACAAAGCUCCAUCAGGAAACAGCUGCAAGAGAUGGCUUGCUGAAAAUGAAAGAAGUGUACGAAGGAAAUCCAUCUCUUGGUGACCCUAUGAGUAUUACAGGGCAGCUUACUGAUUCCUGCCAGAAGAUUGAAAAGCUUCGCGCUGACCUCCAGCGGUAUCAGAGUCUGUUGGAAGACGUUGAUACACUUGGCACUGGAGGGGCCACAUCAGGAGGACCUUCUACGCCAAAUUCUUUGGCACGACACCACAGCAACGUCAUGUCUCCUCAUCACAAUGGAGGGGCUUCACCUCGCUCCUCAGUCACAUCCCAUCGCACCUCUCUCAGCGAUGAGUCUCUCUCCCGGUCAGCUUCCGAUUCAUCAGUGUGCACAAACCCACCCUCCUCAUCCACUGCCACUACUACAACCACUUCCUCCUUACAUCGAGUGGCCAUCUCCACUUUGGCCACGACCACCACCACUACCACAACAGGGGAGGGCAACAAACCGAAUCCCCCUGACCCUAUUAGCUCUCAGGGCUCGUCUCAUAGUCCGGAGAGUGGUAUCGGCCUUAGUCACAACUCCCUGCCGGGCUCGGACACGUACGACCAACCUGAUGGACCAGAUGAUGAUAAUGCUGAGUUUUAUGAUGCAGAACCUCUACCAAUCAUAGGAACUUGUCGAGCAAUGUAUGCAUUUGAAGGUACCAGUGAAGGAAGCAUGAGCAUGGCGGAAGGGGAAGAACUGAGCAUAAUAGAAUUAGACCAAGGUGAUGGCUGGACUAGAGUGAGAAGAGUAGGGGAAUUUGAAGAAGGAUUUGUUCCUACUUCUUACAUUGAAAUGAAUCUUUAUAAUAAUUGUUGAACAUUCUUUAUGAUUAGUGGUAAUGUUCCAUAUAGUAUAAAGAGACUUUUAUAUCUGCUUAUGAAUUUAUAUAUAUUUACUGUACAUACAUAAUACAGAUAUACUCCCUACUGUUUACAUAUAACACCAAAAUAACACAUUUCACAAAGCAUGUGUUGUAUGUUUUUAUACAAAGAAGCAUAAGCAACUACUACUUGAAUCAUUUGAAGCCAGACAUUUUGCUUCUCAGACUCGGAACAAAAUAUUGUAAAUUUAUUCCUAGUGCACUGAAAUGUGGAAUUACCAAAUCUUGGCAUGCAAGUAGCACACAACAGUACAUUGUUGAGUUCUGUUUACAUUUGUAUAUGCUACAUUGCCACAUUGGAAUUUUUGUAAGUGAUUUUAAGAUAUAGUAAACAACCGUGAUGGAUAAGGAAGAGGCUGUCCUGUCAAAAGUUUUUUUUAUUUAGCACAGAGGUGUUUUCUCUAUCCUCGUGUUCCACUAUAACUUUUAUUUUGUCAUGUAUAUAUAUUUUUAUCCAGCUGUAGACAGUGCAGUGAAAAUUAUAGGAGUACUGUAUGGUUUGAUAAGAUAAUACAGUACUUAGUUUUCUCUAAAAUUGUGUAGGCUAAAUGCAGGCUCUGAUGCAUGCAAUUGUCUGUGCAAGAUUAUUUAAAUCAAACUUCAAAAGAAAUAGUCUUACAUAAACCUGCUCAAAUAGAAAAUGUAUCUCAUUAUUUUCAUGUAUAAAUACUGUGUAGUAAUACUCGAGGUGGACAAUGAACAAUUUUGAUAAUGGUCAGUAAGUUAUAUGAUAGGAUGGAUGUUUAAAAUUCACAGUGCAAGUGUAUAGAAAAUGCUUUUGAAAUGAUUUCAUUUAAUGUACUAUAUGCCUUCUCAAGAACUAUUUUAAUUGUGAAUGUGUGAAUAGUGUAUGAAUGAAACUACUGUAUAUUACAUUUAAAUUGGAUGGAAAGCAUUUCCUUUUUUAUAGUUUUAUUAUGCAUUUUAUAACUGGCUGUGGCAUUUGAACUACAAUGGAAAAGAACAGUGUACUAUAUUCAUUAAGUCCUUGUUUGUAGUGCUACUACUUUUGGAAGUUUCUCCAAUAAACUUUGUACGAUGAUUGACCAAAGGUCUCAAGGAACGUGAUUUGUAUAGCAUUUUUACAACAUUGCCUUAACUAAGGCUAGGAUCACACUAGCCUUUGGCAGUGUGUUGUUUUUGUACUUCUGUGAAGUGCAAGUAUAGGGGUAAUAUUUUAACUAGAUUUAGAGAAAAUGCUUGUGUUAUCCAUAGAUUUGUCUGCCUCAAAAUAUUCAUAUGCUAUUUGAAGUGGAUGAAGCUGGCAGAUGUUUGACACGUCCACCCAUGAUGAUUUACUCAGGACCAGCCAUGACUCAAAACUAUGCACAUAAUUUGGCCUGCCAUAACUCAGUGGUUUUGAUCAUAAGACAGCUUGACUCAUUUAACCAUGGCAUUGAGAGUAACUAAUAGACUACAAACAGUCAUAUGCUUGUUAUUACAGCAACUGUCAAACAUGGGAAAAUCAUGUUAAGAGAAAGUAAAGCAACAAAAGUCAUGUAUAGUGAAUCACUAUUUGCUUAAUUUCCAGCCAGUGUGUGGUUUUGCAUAAUCUGCACUUAUGCCCAACCACUACCAGUAAUGAUAAUUCUACUACAUAUGUCCUGCCAAUAAUAAAACAAGAUUUCAAUGGAGCCCACUGCAUUCACAUUUUACAGCUUCUGUAAACCUGUGAUAAAAGGUCACAAACUUUUAUUACUAGAUUGCAAGUUACGUUUUAUACUGUUGCAAUGAAAUCAAAUGAUGUAGCUCAACUAGCAAUUGUUCAAUGUAGACUUUUUUUUUUUCUUUUUCUUUCAGUUCAUGAAAAGUUUACUUGUAAUCAGGGGCACCCUUAGUCUAGUCUAUUACGUGCUUGGCAAUAAGGGAUCCCAAAUGUCCAAUAUGAAACUAAUUCAACAAAAGGCAUUCUGAAUUUGUAGGGACUCAUGCUAAGCAUGCCCCCCCCACGCUUUGGGCUGUUUCCCUGUUUACUUGCACUUGGGUUUCUUAAUGACUCUACCAUACUUUGUAGAUUUUUCUACAUCUUCCUUUUUCUUUGUAAAAAGGUUAACUAAUUUUAUUCACUUUGUUAAAGAAUAAAGAGAAUUCUGUAAUAAUACUGAUGAAAAAUUUUGAAGCUGACAUACUUUGUUUUUCAUCAAUCGCUAACAUAUACAACUAAAAAUGCCCUGAUCUCGUUAGCUCAGAGUAAAAAUCUAGGUUUGAUACCCAAAAUACUAGUGUAGACUACUCAUUUCUGCUUUUGAAAACAAAGUAUUCAACUGAUAGCUAUUCAAUUCCUGAUUUUAGUUUGUUGUGGUUUGUUGUUGUCCUUCUUAGUUGUGCUUUUAGUGUUUUUACUAGGAUCACUAUAUUUGGGUAAACUGAGUAUUGAUAAGGAAAGUUUUAUAAAAUUACCGUAUGUAUUUACCGAUUCAAGCAGAGAAUAAGCAGAUUGCAUUUUCUCAACAUAGUAUUUGUUCCAAGGAUUAGGAAUAAAAUUCAAUUCCACUUAAAAAAUUGAAGCACAUUUUGUUUUUAUCAGACAUGUUUGAAGGAAACAGACAAAAUUUGUUUAGUAUUGAAGGUUUAAAUCCCCUUCUUUUGUUUGGUUAGAGCAGAAAUGGCUUUUUUGUUCUUUUUAUUCUGAAUGAGUCCAACCCUUAAUGGGAAGUGAUAUGUAACUGUGUACACUUGCAUAUGUCUACUUUGAGAGACACUUGUGGGGCCUCCAAGAAGUGUUGAUAUGAAACACUUUAUGUACAUUUUAUGUAACUUCUUCUGUACAUUUUAUUUGUAUUUUGUAAAUAUUUUUGUAUUAUAGGAUGUUUUAUAGAAGUCAUUAAGGAGAUGCUUUUUUCCAUGUGCUUAUCAGGGAAUGAUUACAUAAUAGCAAAAGAUAACAAAAUGCUUUGCUUUUAUGUCAGCUUUGUAGUUAUAUCCCCCUGAUAAAUGAUGUAUUAAUAUUAUAUCUGUAAUAAAAUACAAUGUGUUAA